UGGGAUCUCACCCGGUCCUAAAGGAGCCGGAAGCGCCUAGUGAGUGCUGGGCCGAGGACACUUGCCAGCUGACCCUGUGCACUCACGUAGAGGCGGCGGCUCCGGGCCCGGAGGUCCAGUGGGCAGUUCCCCAGCACCAGCGAUGAACUAUGUGGGGCAGCUGGCGGAGACGGUGUUUGGGACGGUGAAGGAGCUGUACCGGGGCCUGAACCCGGCCACGCUGAGUGGUGGCAUUGAUGUGUUGGUGGUGCGGCAGGAGGACGGCUCCUUCCGGUGCUCCCCCUUCCACGUGCGCUUCGGCAAGCUGGGCGUCCUGCGGUCCCGGGAGAAGGUGGUGGACAUCGAGAUCAAUGGGGAGCCAGUGGACUUGCACAUGAAGCUGGGGGACAGCGGGGAGGCCUUCUUUGUCCAGGAGCUGCAGGAUGAGGAGGAACACGUGCCCCCCCGCCUGUGCACUUCCCCCAUCCCUUGGGGGGGCCUGCCUGGGCUCCCCUCGGGUUCCCAGGUGGGCACAGCCAGCGAGCCUGAGGCCAUCAUGGGGGGCACAGCCUCCACGGGGCGGAAGAAGAGGCGUCGCCGGAGGAAACCGCGGCGGAAGGAGGAGGCCGUGGCGACCGACUCGAGUUCCGAGGAGCUGGAGGCAGGCACCGAGCCUGAACUGUCCCCACCGGAGAAGCCGAGGCCGGAGCCCAUGGGCAGCGUCCAGUUGGAAGGGGAGUCCUCACCACAGCCCAAAGACAUCUACCACUACUCGGAUGGCGAGUGGCCCCCCCAGACCAGCCUCUCGUCCGGUGAUCUGACAUCCCCCAAGAGCGACUCUGAGCUGGAGCUGCGGACCCCCGAGCCCAGCCCCCUGCGAGCCGAGUCCCACAUGCAGUGGGCCUGGGGGAGGCUCCCUAAGGUGGCCAAAGCCGAGCGCACGGAGUCCUCGGCCCUCCCCGAGAGCCGCAUGGGAGACGUUCCUUCCCAAGGAGAGCCCAGCGCGCCUCCCCCUCCCGGGCCCGCUCUCAGCCCUGGGACCCCCCCAGUCCUGCACACGGGGCCUGACGCUGAGCUCCCGCCUCCCACAGAGGGGCCUGUGGUGGUGGUUUCUCCUUCCCAGCCCAAGCCUCACAGUGCCCGGGACCCCGGCCCCCCUCUUGCCUCGAAGUCCUGGAGCUGGGCAGCCCUGGAGGCCCCCGCUCCUCCCCGGCCACCAGAGGGGAUCUCCGGGAGGAAAGGCUCGCUGAGGAGAAGCCAGCACCUUGGCCCCAGUGACAUCUACCUGGAUGACCUUCCCUCCCUGGAUUCCGAGAACGCUGCCCUGUACUUCCCCCAGAGCGACAGCGGGCUGGGCGCCAGGAGGUGGAGUGAGCCCAGCAGCCAGCCGCCCCCGGGGGACCCCAACCCUGAGCAGGAACCGGAGCCCAGUCGGGACACAGUUGACACGGUGGCGCUGUCCCUGUGCGGGGGCCUGGCCGACAGCCGCGACAUCUCCCCAGAGAAGUUCCGGCAACACGCGGUAACCUACCAAGACCUCACCCAGAACCCCGGCCUGCUGGAUGACCCGAACCUGGUGGUGAAAAUGAAUGAGAAACACUACAGCUGGGCGGUGGCUGCCCCCAUGAUCCUCUCCCUGCAGGCCUUCCAGAAGAACCUGCCCAAGAGCACGGUGGACAAGCUGGAGAAGGAGAAGAUGCCGCGGAAGGGGGGCCGCUGGUGGUUUUCCUGGCGCCGCAGGGACUUCUCAGCUGAGGAGCGCAGUGCCCAGAGGGAGAAAACCAAAGCCCGGGAACAGCAGGGGGAGAAGACGGACGUCCUGAGCAGUGAGGAUGACGCCCUGGACAGCCCUGUGGUCCUGGAGGUCCCCUCUCUGCCACCCUCGCCGCCAGCCUACACGCCGACCUACAAGAAGUCACUCCGCCUCUCCUCUGAUCAGAUCCGGCGGCUGAACCUGCAAGAGGGGGCCAAUGACGUGGUCUUCAGCGUGACCACCCAGUACCAGGGCACCUGCCGCUGCACGGCCACCAUCUACUUGUGGAAAUGGGAUGAUAAGGUGGUCAUCUCCGACAUCGAUGGCACCAUCACCAAGUCAGACGCCCUGGGCCACAUCCUGCCCCAGCUGGGAAAAGACUGGACACACCAGGGCAUCACCAGCUUGUUCCACAAAAUCCACCUAAACGGGUACAAGUUCCUGUACUGCUCGGCGCGCGCCAUCGGCAUGGCUGACCUCACCAAGGGGUACCUGCGGUGGGUUAGCGAGCGGGGCUGUGGCCUUCCCAGAGGCCCCAUCCUGCUGUCUCCCAGCAGCCUCUUCUCCGCCCUCCACAGGGAGGUGAUCGAGAAGAAGCCAGAGGUGUUCAAGAUCGCCUGCCUGAGCGACAUCCAGCAGCUCUUCGGGGGCCGACAGCCCUUCCACGCCGCCUUUGGGAACAGGCCCAACGAUGUCACAGCCUACCGGCAGGUGGGCCUCCCCAAGUCCCGCAUCUUCACUGUCAAUCCCCGGGGAGAACUCAUCCAGGAGCUCAUCAAGAACCACAAAUCCACGUAUGAGCGGCUCGGUGAGGUGGUGGAGCUCCUCUUCCCCCCCGUGGCCCGAGGCCCCCGCGUGGGCCUGGCUGACCCCGAGUACAGUGACUUCUGCUACUGGCGACAGCCCCCGACCACAGUGGACUUUGACGCCCUGGCCUGAACCUGCCCUGCCUGACUCCCUCCAGACUCGGCCUGGAACUAACUGCGGGUCCCGGAGCCUUGGGGGUGCCAGCUUGGCUGCCACAGGACCAAGACCUCCCCCCCCCCCCCAAGGAAGGGGCAGAGUGUGGGCUGCCCCGCACAGACCCACCUGCUCCUCCGUCCGGGCCUGCUGCCAGGCCUCAACACCACCCGAGCCAGAGGCCAUCGUUGACCGUCACCCAAGCGGGCUGCUCUGUACCCCGGGGUAUCUGUCCCUGUCACCCUGGGCAACAACUCCUGGUCAGGCGGUGUCUGGGGCGCCCCCGAGGCUUGGACAUGCAGGGAGGAGGCGUGAUCAGCCUCAGGGACAAGGUGACACGGUUCCCUUUGUCUCCUCUUUGGGGAGCUUCAACCCAGGCCCCGGCUCCUGCCCCCAUUUCUUUUGGUUUUUGGUGGGGUCGAGGGCUUGGGCUACACCCUUUGGUGCUCAGGGGUCACUCCUGAUAGUGUUCAGGGUAUCAUAGGGGGUGCCAGGAUCAAACAGGCAAGUGCCUUAACCCCCAUCCUCUCUGGCCCCCUUCUCUCAGCUCUUUUUUGGGGGAACCCCAAGGGGAGUGGCAGUGUUCAGAGUUUAUUCCUGGCUCUGGCUCUGUGCCCAGGGGUCACUCCUGGCAGUGCUCAGGGGACCCUACACAGUACCAUGGUAUCUCACUAGGGUCAGCUGCAUGCAAAGUGAAUGCCUUAACCCCAGACCCUCUCUGGCUCCCGCCCUCCAGGAGCUCCCACAUACCCAUGGGGUGCCUGUUUAUCAUUCUGGGCCACAAGCCCUAAUACUCCAGCACCCUCAGGCAUCGGAAUCAACCUCACCAGCACCCAGGAGGCUGCCUCCCCUGUUCCCCUGGGGCUACAGCCCCACACCCGGCCAGGCAGCCUUACCCUCCAGCCGUCCCCACCCCCACCCCAGUCUCUGCCCAUCAGUGUGCUCACGUAGCUGCUGAGCAGGGACCGGAAGCUCUCAGCACCUCCCCUCCUGUCUCGGGGGCAGAGAAACACCCACCAGCUGGUUAGAAGCUUUAAUCCAGGCCCGCCCUCCAAAUAGCACCAAGUGGGGGUCGGGGCAGGAUAGCACCUGUGGAGAAACCCAAAGGCAGGUCUAUGCGUGAACCCCCCCCAUACUGUCCAGCAGCCCAGGAGGACCAGGAGGUGGCCAGGAGGAGCAGCAGAGGUGGCUCCCAAGAGCCAUGUGGCUGCACGACUUUCCAGGGGUGUCGGCCCAGCACCCGAGUUCCAUCCCACCCCGAGCUAGGGUUUUGCAAAGGUGCCGGAACCCUUCCCCUCCCAGGGGGGUCUGGUCUCCUCCAGGCCACUCUGCCGACACAACCCCCCCCCACCACCACCACUGGGGGAGAGAUUCACCCCCACAAAGGAAAUGAGGAACUGUGGGGGCUGACGUGCCCUGAGCACAUCCUUGGGGAAGGAAGGAAGAGAAUCCAAUGGCUCGAACUGA